AUGACGUCGUCGUGUAGACUUGUCGACGAUAACGCCAUCGCCGAGUUGACGGACAUGGACUGCAGCUAUUACGCAGACUACGGGCUCCACCCAAAUGCGGAUUACCACCUGACUUACCACGACUUACACCAGGGGGUAAAAAACGACAACUACGCGAUCGCCGCCGACCCUUACUAUAGUGACGGAUAUGACGCGUACUGCGGUUCUUAUUACGGCGGGCCGUACGACACGUCUUCUUACGGCAGUUGGACGCAGGAUCAGUACGCGCAGCCGUCGCCGGUGGCCGAUCCGGCGGAACAGCCACAUAGCUACGGAUGGACGACCACGCCGCUUAUAGACUGCGUGGCCGAACCGAAAGCCCGGCUGCCGGUUCCGUUCUGCGACAGUUCGGUUGCCGACGAUCCGUUGCUGCUCCCGUUCCAAGCCGAUUCUACUGACCAGAUCUUGUUCAAAAUGCCUUUGGACGAAAAGACUACGAUAAACAAGUGUAAAACAACAUCUUUAAAGAAGAACAUUUCCAGUAGAAUGUCUUCAAACCAGAAACCAAGAGCAAAACGAAAACCACGCGUUCUCUUUUCUCAGGAUGUAAUAUCAGAACUCGAACACCGUUUCAAACAACAGCGUUACUUAUCAGCUCCUGAAAGAGAAGUAAUGGCAUCCAGAAUUAGACUGUCUCCAACUCAAGUCAAAAUAUGGUUUCAAAAUCGUCGAUACAAAAGCAAAAAGCUUGUAACAGAAGAUGGCAGUACAGUAUCGGAAACCAAAAGACCUCCUAGACGACAAUUUCCGGUUAUUAAAAGCUGUUACAACGAGUACACAAAUUUGCGUACAAGCAAUCAAUAUUUUAUUCAUAGUAAU